GUGUUCAACAACAUGCCGCAAGAGAUCCGCGAGAUGCUCACUGUAAACUUGCUCGCUUGUUUUGAAGACCAGGCGGAGAAUCUCAAAGAAACGUGCUCCUCAUCGGAGGGAAGAGGUUUCAGCUUCGCGGCACUUCAUUUCGCCUGGUAUAACCGGCACAGGACAAGGGGACACGAUGUUCCGGUCGACGCACACCCCAUACUCAUUGAGAAAGACGACAACACUCGAACGAACUACGGUCAAAUGCUUCCCUACCCGUCGCAA